ACCAUUGUUCUGGCUAUGUGUAUCUACACGGACACGUAUUAGAGCGCAAUCACAUGGGUUUGUCAACACGACUGAUGCUGCGAGUAAUUUCAUAUUUUAUUAUAACUGAAUGACUUUGAAGCUUCAAUAAAUUGCAAACAGGAGGCGCUUUUACUAUAUUAUUAUAAUUAUAUAUAUAUAUCACAGGAAUAUUUUGCAUAUUAUGUUGUCAAAGUGAUCCUGCAUUAAACUGAAUCUUCAGCCGGUUCCUUGACGUGAUGGGGUCCGAGGUGCGGCUGCAGGUGGGCUCGUGCUUGAGGACUCUCUCCAGCUCACGAGACUCCGGGGAGAUCGUGCACGCGCUGCGCACACUCAAGCACCACCAGGAGGACGGAGAGUUAACGCGCCCACACUACACACACGCGCUUCAGGUGCUGGUGAGCGCGCAGAGCUCACACUGGUUCAACAGGUCACGUGAUGAUGAAGAGAUCAAGAAGCUCUGGGAUGAAAUCUUCCUCAGGGGUCCACCGGACCAAACACUGCUGCUUCUGCUGGACACCAUCAGCUCCACAGGUGAGAGUGCGGGUCUGGAGCGAUGCGUGUCUGUACUGGAGAAGUUCCUCUCUGCUGGUCGUCUCCAGGUGUUGCUGUGGUCCAGGUGUGAGGGAGGUGGAUCCUAUUCAGACUCUCCCCAGCUAAGAGAGACCAUCAUCGGACACCUUGCAGCUUUACCCUCCAUCACCUCCAACCAGCUGCACACAAACACACCUGAUGCCUUCUUACCACAGCAGUACUACCCGCUGCUGGCCGCCAGCAUACUGGACACGCUGGAGAAGACAUGCCACGCUCUCAGAGCGGGACGGGACUGCUCUCUCGGGUUUGUGGCUCAGGUGUUGGGAAAAGUGUGCAUCCAAGGAUACAGCUCCCAGAUUUUUGAACUACUGGCCCCCCGGCUCUCGUCUCUGACCCGUGUGGACCCGCUGUGGCAGCGUGUGACGCAGAGACUACUGGAGAACGUUCCAGAAAGAUGCACGGAGUGUGUCAUCACGGGACUCAUACGCUGCCUCAGCGGGGCCACUGCUGCGUCCAGGCUGAUGGGAAACCUGGUGGUGACCAAUAAGAAAGCUCAGUUUGUUCUCACUCAUAAACUGAUAUUGCAGCAGUACCAGCACCCGACUCGGUUGUUAAAGUCUGUUCUUGGAUAUUUAGCUCUGGAUUCAGAGCGCCGGAUUCUGCUUAAACAGGUCCUUCAGAGUGUGUGUCAGGUGUGGUGUAACAGCAGUGCCGUGAAACACACGUCUGUGGAACAGCAGCUGUACGUCAGUAAAGCGUUACUGCUGUGUGUGGCUUUACUCACCGAUUCUGAAAUACAAGAACUACGACAAGAGAUGCUGCAGUGCAUGCUGGGAGGUGUCCAGUGUCGUCUAGAUAGCAAUAUUGUGCGUAUUCGUCGGAUGGGUAUGGUUGUGGGCGAAUGUCUUAGCUACAAAUUAGACACACCUGGAUCUCAAUUAAAAUUCCAGUAUGAGCCGGAUGAGGAGAGCAGAGAACUGAAAUCAUUAAUGGAGUCUCCAUCUGUUGAGGACGAUGAGGAACAUCAGCCUGACACCUCCAGCAGUCUUCAACCAGAGACCAAAGUUCAGGGUUCAGGAGGUCAGUCAGUGACAUCAGAGCCGGGUCACGGGAGUGAUUCUGAACUGGACAGUGAUGAUGAUCUGACUCCAUAUGACAUGUCAGCUGAUCAGGAGAAGAAGAAAUCAGCUCCUCCCCGUUAUGUCAGGGACUGUCUGGAAGCGUUAAUGUCGUCAGAUGAUGCUGACAAGGUUGAACUCAGUCUGCAAGUGUUGGACUCUCUUCUUAGGAAGAACGUGACGGCCACACAAGAGGUCAGUGUGCAGUUCAGUAAAGUGCUGCUCCACCUGGAGGACAGAUACAACACACCGUGCUUCCACACACUCCGGCAAAACGCCAUGGUGGCCCUUACAGUUACGGACAUAAAACCGGUUGUUGAUUAUUGGACGACAGAGUUCUACUCUCUCAACUACAGCUUGAGACAGAGACUGGACAUUCUGGAGGUCCUUGCUCUCUCUGCCCAGGAACUGUCUGAGCCAAUCAGGAAUAAGCACGCUGGAGCGCAGCCAAUCACUGCAGUAACAGCUCUAGAGCAGUGUGAUGAUAUCACACACUGGCGGCAGAUUGUGGAAAAACGGAUUCAGAGCAAAACCAGACGAAUCAGCAAGGGUGGGACUCAACCCGUCAAAGCUGUUCCCAACCGUUAUGCUCCAGUCGCUGGAUUUUUCUUCUUCCCGCUGCUCAGGAACUAUGACAGGCCACAGGUGACCUUUGACCUUCUGGGGAGUGAUCAUCUGGUGCUAGGAAGGCUGCUGCACACGCUUGGGCUGCUCAUGCACCUGGCCAUCAAUGCACCUGUUGCAUCUCAAAUGGGCAGAGCUCUGCUGGAUUUUGUUUGGACUGUGCGCUUCCACACUGACCAGAUGGUGAGGAGGGGCGUUAUGUUUGCAGUUUGUUCUGUGUUUCUGAGCAUGCCUGGUGAGAACUUACUCACAGAACUUGGUGAUGACCUGAUGGAGACCAGAGCCUGGCUAGCAGAUGUGGCAGAGAAUGAUUGUGACGCAGACUGCAGGAGUUUGGCGGUACAGAGUUUAAUGCUGUUGGACAAAAACCUCAAAUCUCAGCUGCAGAUUCCAGAUAUGCAAACAUGACAAGUGUAUCUCUCUACUUCCGAUGCCUCAGAUAUGUUAUCACUCAUAGCAAGAAUAACAAGAGAACACCUUUGCAGAGCAACAAUAGAGAUGCUGACAAUAUCACACACUCGUCUAGAGUUGCAAAGAUCUGGAAGAUUUUAUGUCCCUGACCUGAUGCAUCCCUAAUUUCUGUCGCAUUGCUCUUUGGAUUUCAUGUACUUUGUUUUUGUACUUUAUUGUUUUAGUGAUUGUAAAAUAAAGAACUCAUUAGGCACAUUAAAUACUUCUGCCCUCAAAACAA